CUUAAGCACUGCAAAAUGGCUGUAAACAGCCCUAAAAUCCUGAGGCCCAGGACAACAGACCUCUUUGUCCCCUACUGUCUACUGCCCUGACUGUAGCCAUGGCUUAAGGGCAAUUCAAGAUUUUUAUUUUUUUUAAUUCGGCUUUCUAUUUUCCAUUUUCACAUUUAGAAAUCAAUGGAAGACUGUGAUCAUUUUUCACUCACAUUCUCGACAAUACAAAAUAAAUGUUUAUAUGCUGGGCAUGAACAUGGAUCUGUUGUUGAUAACACUGUAAUUUAGCCCCAUAGACUGUAUAAAGAUAUUUAUAUAGCUCGUCUAUGUUUAGCCCUGUAGGUAAACGUGAGUGUAGCGCCCCCUAUCUGUGUCUCUCAGUCAUGAUUUCAGUCCCUAAAGUAGACGUGGCAAUGACGUAUAUGCCGGAAAUGACCCGGAUCGGAACUUUAACCGUGGGCAGAUUACUUUGAUUAGAAACAUCGAAGAAAUACUGAAAUGUCUUCUUGUUUUUUGUGCACACAUAUGUCAGGGUCCAGCACACCUCCUUGGAUUUGAGUUGGCUACAUUUUAGGAGGUUUAAAUCCUAAACAUCAUUUGGAAGAGGGCUCGUCGGGUUUGGUGGUCUCUGGUGGUCUCUGGUGUUGGACGGACUUCUGGCCGUGAAACAACGGCAGGAUGACGUGCCGUGACCGGACCCUUGAAUUUCAGUCGGCCUGUAAAUCCCUUCAAGGCAGACAGAAUGGAGUCCAACCCAGUAAACCGGCCCUCUCUGCCCUCAGACAGCGCAGUGACUUCACGGUCAUGGCAAAGAGAAUUGGAAAAGACCUGAGUAAUACAUUUGCCAAACUGGAAAAACUCACUAUUUUGGCAAAAAGAAAGUCUCUGUUUGAUGACAAAGCUGUUGAGAUUGAAGAGUUAACAUAUAUUAUCAAACAAGAUAUCAACAGUUUGAAUAAACAGAUAGCACAGCUACAGGACUUGGUGCGGUCUCGAGGAGGUCCAGGGGGGCGGCAUAUCCAAACACACUCUAAUACCAUUGUUGUGUCAUUACAGUCUAAACUUGCAUCAAUGUCAAAUGACUUUAAAUCGGUUCUUGAGGUCAGGACAGAGAACCUGAAGCAGCAGCGCAGCAGGAGGGAACAGUUCUCUCAGCCCCCCACCACCUCCUCUCCGCUCAUGGCCAAUAACUUCAGGAGCCGCAAAAAAGGGGCCCAGGAGCCGCAUGCAGCUCGCGAGCCGCGCUAUGACUACCAGGGCUAUACACCCUCAAAAGAGAGUUCAGUCUUGAUGCAGGAUGAGUCCAGAAGUCUUGGGGAUGUGGCCAUUGACAUGGACUCACAAACCAACCCACUACAGCUGCAGCUCAUUGAUGAGCAGGACUCCUACAUUCAGAGCCGUGCUGACACCAUGCAGAACAUCGAGAGCACAAUUGUGGAGCUGGGCUCCAUAUUUCAGCAGCUCGCACACAUGGUGAAGGAGCAGGAGGAGACCAUCCAGAGGAUUGAUGCUAAUGUUGAAGACACCCAGCUGAAUGUGGAGGCAGCACACACAGAAAUCCUUAAAUAUUUCCAGUCUGUUUCCUCCAAUCGUUGGCUCAUGAUUAAGAUCUUUCUGGUCCUCAUCGUCUUUUUCAUCAUCUUUGUGGUCUUCUUUGCUUAAAGAAAAUAACAGGCUCAAAUUAAACUGGAUAUAAGAAACAUAAUAAGAAAAUAUUUGAAGGAGACUUUUCUCAUUGUUUUGGGACCAACUCAAAAGAAUUGACUGGUGUUACCAAGCCACAGACUUUUAUCAACCAGCGAAGAAAAAGAACUUCAACUCCCAGUUACAAAAUUGUAUAUUUUCAGAUAUUGAGCCGGUGUUGUGUUAAACAAUAUUUUAUGGACACUUUAAUUUAAUGGUUUGAUUCUCCAAACUGUCUUUUAUUUCUUUUUUUUUCCUUCCCAGAAAUUAAAUUGCAAAUAUUUCUAUUUUCAAAGCCAAAUAACUCUGGAGUUUAUUCUUAGCUCAUACCUUCCUCUGGAAGUACUCGACCUCUUAUAUUUUAGAACAUGCCUGCUAAGUUAAUUUUUUUGUUUUGCUUUCACUUUAUUUGCCAAAUGGGAACUAUCGAAAACUGUGACCUGGUGGACAUUUUACCUACUUUGAGGAUCACUGGUUGAAAAGUUAUGGAGAAAUAUCAGAUGUAAAGUACAUACAAGUUGUACAAAAUCUAUUUUAAACAAAAGGUUUCUUUUUUUUUUUUUUUUUUGAGGGGGGGCUUGGGAUCAGUGUUUGACAACAGUACUAAUGAAGGGAUUUCACUGAUUGAGACUUUCACAAUGACAUCAUUAGCUGGAUUCCCUGGAGGUCACCGUGUAGAAGUCUACUGGAAUUUUUUUUAAAAAAGGACAUAACUUUUACAAUUCUUAUUUUCAUCUUUAGCCAAAUGCCUUGACAUAAAUGUACACAGUGCAAAUCGAUAAAUGAUGUAUUGAUAAGAAAAAGCAUAUUAAUAAAAGAAGAAUGGGAUACUGACA